UUUAUUAAAACCAAAACAUGUUUGUUUUGUGACGCGUUUAGGGAAGAGCCCUAUUGUUGUAUGGUUGUCUUAAUGCUAUUUUAAGUUGAUAUUAGUUAAAAAUGCAGGUUUCGGAACCCAAUGACGUUAAAAUAUAUAAUUUGAGUGCAGGCAAGUCCCUGCCCGAGUGGCUAUCGGAGCGCAAACGCCGCACGCUACUAAAGAAAAACGUCGACAUCAAGAGGCGAAUCGAACUGAUCCAAGACUUCGACAUGCCCGGUCUCAGUACCACCGUAAAAGUGUCAAAUGACGGCAACUACGUCCUCGCCACAGGCAUCUACAAACCGCGCAUCAAAUGUUUCGACGUCAACAAUUUAUCCUUAAAGUUCGAACGAUGCUUCGACUCCGAAGCCGUCACUUUCGAAGUACUCAGCGACGAUUACAGCAAAAUCGUGUUCCUUCAGUGCGAUCGUUACGUAGAGUUCCACGCCGGUUACGGGCGGUACUACCGACUGCGCAUCCCGAAAUUCGGUCGGGAUAUGAAGUACCACCCGUCCAGUUGCGAUCUGUUCGUGGUGGGGGCUUCCCCCGAGGUCUACCGCUUGAAUUUGGAGAGGGGGCAGUUCAUGACGCCCUUUGGUACUUCCGCUUCGGAAGUCAAUCGGUGCGCGGUGAAUCCCGCGCAUCAAUUGUUCGUCUGCGGUACGCAGGAGGGAAGGGUGGAGGCCUGGGACCCGAGGGUUAAGGAGAGGGUGGGGGUGUUGGACUGCGCCUUCACUUGUGUCAAUGAGAAUAAGGAGUUGCAAGGGUUUCCGUCAGUAACAGCGUUGAAAUUUAAUGAUGCGGUACAUAUGGGGGUUGGUACCGCCACUGGACAGAUAUUGCUCUACGACAUACGGUCUGAUAAACCGUUCACCGUCAAAGACCAUAUGUACGGUUUGCCCAUAAAGGAUGUGGACUUUCACUAUCAGCAGGAUCUGGUUUAUUCACUGGACAGUUCGGUGCUGAAGAUUUGGGACAAAAAUAAUGGCAAACUGUUCACCUCCAUAGAGGCCGCCACCACCGAGUUCAACAACCUGUGCCCGGUACCCGGCACCGGGCUGUUCUUUUUAGCCAACGAAAACACAAAAAUCCAAACGCACUUCGUGCCCGCACUCGGUCCCGCCCCGAAAUGGGCGAGUUUCCUCGACUCUUUAACCGAAGAACUGGAAGAAUCGAACGCGGAAAACGUCUACGACGACUACAAGUUCGUGACAAAAGAGGAACUCGAGGCCCUGGGGCUCGGGCACCUGGUGGGCACCAAACUAUUAAGGGCCUACAUGCACGGGUACUUCCUGGACGUGCGUUUGUACAAAAGGGCGAAAUCCGUCGCGGAACCCUUCGAAUUCCGGGAUUACCGUAGGAAAAAGAUCCGGGAGGCCAUCGACCGGGAGCGGGAGGGUCGCGGGGUGCAAAUCCGCGCCCUCCCGAAGGUCAACCGGGAGUUGGCCCUCAAACUGAUGGACAACAGUCAAACGAAGAAACCGUUGAAAGUUAAUAAUUUGCUGCAAGACGCGCGGUUUAAGGCCCUAUUCGAGAAUCCGGACUUUGAGGUUGAUAAAAGUGCGGACGAGUACAGACUCUUGAACCCGGUGCUCUCCAGGUUGGACAAGGACAGAGUGAAGGAGCUUAAAAUGGCGGAGGAGGAGGUGCAAGAAGAACCGGAAGAGAGGAACAGCUCCUUAGAAGAGAGCACGGACGACGAACGAACUUGGGCAAACGAAGUGAGAAAGCAACAUAAAAUAAUUAAGAGGGAGCACAGAGCGAGGGAGAUGCAAGAGCGGGCCGCAGACGUACAAAAGGGGGCGCCACUGGGCGAACGGGCGGCCAAAGAGGAGGUGCAGGUGAGGUUCCUCUCGGUCGGUAAUAGGGAAAUGACGUUUUCCACCAGGAAGAAGCGGGAAAACUCGAGGGGGGAUGUUAAUAAUAAGCGACAUCUGGCCGAGAGGAGGAAACUUGUUCGGCCCGCUUUUGGUAUGAGGUCGAGUAAGAAGUCGGGGUUUAAGAGGAGGUAGUUGGAUGUAAAAUAAAGUUUUCUUGAUA